AUGAAUGUGGAAAAGCCCUCAGUGCCAGUUCAUCCCUUAGUAAACAUCAGAAGACUCAGACUGGAGAGAAACUCUAUGAGUGUAAAGAGUGCAGAAAAGCCUUUGGUGUCCAGUCAUCCCUUACUACACAUCAGAGAAUUCAUAGCAGGGGAAAAGCCCUAUGAAUGUAACGACUGUAGAAAACCCUUCAGUGUCCAGCUAUCCUUUACCAUACAUCAGAGAAUUUAUACUGAAGAGAAACCUUAUCAGUGUACCAAAUAUGAGAAAACCUUUGGCCAGAGCUCAUAUCACACUCUUCCUUGGAGAAUGCAAACAAGAGAGCAGCUCUAUGGAUGUAAUGUGUGUGGGAAAGCUUUCAGUGAUACUUCAUUCCUUACUAAACAUCAGAGAAUUCACAUAGGAGAGAAGCCCUAUCAAUGUGACCAAUGUAGGAAAUCCGUUAGUGACAGGUUGUCCCUGACAAAACAUCAGAGAAUUCAUACUGGGGAGAAACUCUAUGAAUGUUGUGACUGUGGGAAAGUUUUCAACCAUAGCUCACUCAUUAAAAAACACAGAAGGAUUCAUACUGGGGAGAAACCCUAUAAAUGUAACGGAUGUGGGAAAACAUUCAGACAGAGGCCAAACCUUACUCUAUGUCAGAGAAUUCACACUGGAGGAAACCCCUAUGAAUGUAAUGAAUGUGGGAAAGCUUUCAGUGACUGCUCAUUCUUUAUCAGACAUCAGAGGAUUCAUACUGCAGAGAACCCAUUUGAAGGUAAUGAAUGUGGGAAAGGCUUCUUUGGGAAUGAACAGCUUACUUUACAUCAGAGAAUUCACACUGGAAAGAAGCCCUAUAAACAUAACAAAUGUGGGAAAAUAUUCUGA